GUCAAUUCUAUGAAAAUAUUUUCUAUUGAGUAGGUACUACCUACCUACUUAAAAGAUCACUUCAAAUAAAUUGUAUUAUUUCUUUAUGUUUUAAAACAUCAGUGAUUCACUAUAUAAUGAAAUGGAGGAAUCGAAUCAAAAAGAAAUCCUGAUAUGUGGAGGCUGUUUAAAUGAUAUCAGCGAUGAAGAUUAUGUAUCGGCGUUAAGCCAGGAUUGGCACAGAGACUGCUUUCGGUGCUCAGUAUGUGACGCUCAGUUGACGACGUGGUUCUUUGAGAAGGGCGGCUUGCUAUUCUGCCGCGAGGAUUACUGGACCAGAUUCGGGGAUGUCUGCCAUAGAUGUGGACAGGUGGUGUACGGAUCCUCAAUGGCGGCGGGCGAGCUGAGGUAUCAUUCCGAGUGCUUCGCUUGCGCCGCCUGCGGAUCGCUGUUGGGUGAAACUGAACUCUACGCCCUCGUGGACCGAGACACUUUGUACUGCGGUGGCUGCUCUCCGAAUCUUUCGUCCUCAAGAUCCACCGCACUUGUCCAACCUCAUCCCCCUCGCGAGGCCCCUCGCGCGUUGCUCCGAGCAGCACUCGCCGCCUGUCUCCAGCUAGUUUGUUCCAGGUUGGAUGCCAGCGGAGCCCUAGCGCUGCGAGUGGAGUGUGUGCUGGAGAAAGGAGGAGAGGGCAAAGUACUCCAGGGCGUUAGGGGGAGAGGCAAAGAGGUUGUAGAUGAAAGAGGCAAUGAACAGACGAUCCAUCACAUACAGCCACCGAUAGAACAUAAUCCGGACACAAUAAAUGUUAAACGGGGAUCAUCAGACGUAAUGAAAACGUCCAGUAAUGGAGAAGAUAUGAAGAAAGAGAAUAAGAAAGAGGAAGCCGGGCUGAAAAGAGAGCGGCUGUUCAAGAGGAAGGGGGAGGACGGGGGGAAGGUGCGGGUCAUUAAGAGGAGACAGACUCCCUCCUCACCACUAUUGGGGGAGAAAGAGAAAAGUAGCAGCAUGUCUAAACUGUUGGACGUCUCGGAGGGCGGUCCACCCGCAGCUCCUGGUGUGUUGGACGACCUGAGUCGUGCGCGCUCCUUCAGGACACACGCAAACACGCAACAGAGGGUCUUCAGGGACGCGGAUCUUAUACAGGGUGAACUCCUGGGUACUGGUUUCUUCGGCCACGUGUACAAGGUGACUCACCGCGCUACCGGUGAGCUCAUGGUGCUCAAACAACUGUACCGCGUCGAUGACACCGCCCAGAACAACUUCCUUAAAGAGGUGGCUGUGCUGCGAUCACUGAGGCACCGGAAUGUUCUUCGGUUCGAGGGAGUGUUGUACCGCGAGCGACUCCACCUCGUCACCGAGUACGUGGCGGGCGGCACUCUACACGACUUACUGCAGGACAAGUCCCGUCCUCUAUCAUGGGAGACCCGUGUCCGCCUGGCGCGGGAUGUAGCGGCUGGUGUGGGCUACCUACACUGCAGGAACGUGAUACACAGGGACCUCAACUCACACAACUGUCUCAUACGGCCCGGUGAGGAGCUGACAGUGGUAGUGGCGGACUUCGGUCUUGCUCGGAUCGUUCGUAGAACUGACCGUAAUGCCUCGAGCCGCAAGCGGUACACGGUGGUCGGCAACCCGUACUGGAUGGCGCCUGAGAUGAUGAACGGGAACCUGUAUGAUGAGAAGGUGGACGUGUUCUCGUUCGGGAUUAUACUCUGUGAGAUAAUCGGUCGCGUGUCAGCCGACCCUGACUACAUGCCUCGGCGGUCGGACUUCGGUCUCAACGAGCGCGUAUUCCGCGACAAGUUCUGCUCCACCUGCCCGGAGCCCUUCUACAGGCUCGCCUUCCUCGCCUGUCAACUAGACCCGGACGCCAGACCACCGUUCGAGGUGAUGGAAGUUUGGUUGGAUUCUCUCGUGAGGCAUCUGUCUGCCGGAGGAACUCUGCCGCAAGCGUUACUACGAGACGUAUUACAGUAUGGAGGAAGGCACGGCGUGAUGACGAGAGACGCGGACGACGGUCCGGAGGAGUCACAGAAGUCAGGGUCACAGGAGGGACAGGGGGUCGUUAAGAGUCAAUCAACACUGGAGCUGGAGCUUCAGUCGCGCGACAGUGAAGGUCGUGCACUCGGCAAAUGCGUGUCAGCUGGGGCCUUGUGGUCCGCCGGCCCCGCGGCACCCGGGCCCCCCGCCCGCCGCGCUCGCAGCACGCAGGCACUCACGCCGGGUUAUAUACUAAGACCCCACCAAAACGGCAUCGACGUCACCAGAGUCGACGACAUCUCUUGCUGGGUGGACCCGCACCUGCCCGCCUUCAUGAGGAACCAGUCCGAGGAGGGAUUGCAGACGAGCUCCAAGAGAGAGAUCCGUCCCAGCGUUCCGUUCUGUCGUCACGAUAGUAUACCGGCGUGUUCAGACUCAGACUCUUCGGACGAUGACCUCCUGUCCCCCUCCCCCCUCCCUGCUGCUCCGCUCCUGACUGAUAUUAUGAAGAAGGGUGGCGCCCUGCUCGCGGCCCGGGGCAGGUAUGACGUCACGGAGGAGGCUCCAGGCAAACAGAGGGGCGCGACCGACGACGACGCCGGGAAAUAUAACAAGAAGUCUCCGGUCACAGCUAAAUGGAUAGAAAACAUUCCGAAGGCACAAGCGGCCAAACCGCCGGAGAAAACCGGAUUCUUCACGAAAACUCUCGGCUCGCCGAAGCUUCGUAGGUUAUUCCGACCGAACAAUGCCGAUGCGAACCAUAAGCCGGAGACGGACAAAGACCGCUCCAAGAGCAAUUUCUUCGUCCAGAAGCCGGCUGGCGCUGUACGAUCCGCUUACAGGGUGAGACCCGCGAGUGACGAGCGUAGCGACUUGAACAGGAACGUCCUUGAAUGUGACAUCAAGCUGGCCAACAUGGGCACGCCCAUGACGCCCACGUUCAGGAGACACCAACCCGUGGACAGGGAUUUCAAGGACGGCAGGUUCAGUUACCGCGAGAGAAGGUUCGAUCCGCCCCGGACUCGACCCCCGGACAAGAUGGCCGACAACAAGAACAAUAUCAUCACGUUAGCGGAAAAAAUCAAGGACAAAGACGGUAAGGACGCGGUGAAACGAAGACCGAUCGGCAUCACGAGGAGCAACUACGUGAAGCUAGAGAAUCUAAGGAUUAGCAAGGACGGGGCUCAUCUGGUGUAAACUAGAAAGAUGACGAGAGAAAACACGUCUUUAGUAUUAAGUAAUAUAUAUAUACUUGUUGACCGGUGACCAACUUGAAGAUAUUAGAUAUUUAAUAAGCAAUAUGUCUAUAGUUUAUCGUAAUAGGAAAUUGGCUCCUCGUGCUCGCCUCUAGUUAAAUAUAUUCCUGUUUUAUAUUGAGAUGUUAGCAUUAAGUUGGUCACCGUUGUCCGUAGAGUUUGAUAUUUUUUAUCAAAUAUCUUUAAUUCCUUAGGGUGAUUUCGUGCUAAACGCAAACAAUGUAAGAUUAUGUAGUUGAUAUUUCUUGCCAAGUUUUUUAUAUACAACUGUCGAUUUGUACUUACGUCGGGAUAAAAAAAAAUAUUUACUUACGCUUGUUACUUAGGUGAAGGUUCAUAUAAAAGAAAAAGCUUUUUAUAUCCCCCUCCCCCUCACACACACACACACACAGGUGUGUCAUAACAUUAUUAGAGUAUAUAAAGGAUUUAUUAUCGCAUAUACCUGUUAUUCCAAUAUAGGCUUCGCACAAGCGUUCAGAGAAACUAAAUGUUUUAAAAGACAUCAUAACGUAGCAUGUUUUAUAUUAUAUUAGAAAUUGUUACUCAUAUACAAAUGUUACGUAAUAGGUUUUUUGAAUAUUAAAUUUUCAACGUAACAAUACUUUAUACAUUUUUUCAUAUUUAUAUCGAAAAAGUGCUUUGAAAUUAUCCAUUACAUCAGUAACUUUCCAUUUUUACUAUCUAAUUUUAUAUUUCUAAUAUUACUAGUUCUCUUAUAUUUUAUAAAUAUAUCUAUAUUUUUUAUUGAGCUAACAACAUUAAUUUAUUAACAUAUUAAGUAGCGUGACGUUAUUUAAGGCUGAUUUAGCGACAGGGUGCCAUUUUUUAAAAUAAGGAACAAUGUUAAGAAUGUUAAGUUGCAAGUUAUGCUUUACACCCGGAAUUCUUUAUCUGGGUGAGGAAAUCUAAUCUGAUCACUGAAUCUCGUGCUCAGUAAUAUAAAUUUAUCUGUGAUACAUUUCGUUUGUAAAUUGUUAUUGAAGCGAGUGUCGAGUUACAUAAUGUACUACCAUCCGCUGUGAGGACGCUCCGUCUCUUGCAUUCCAGACGCCUUUAACUUUAAGUACAAGGAAUAAAUGGUCAUAUAAAAUU